AUGCCGCCAAAAAAGAAGGGAGAAGUGGAACGCACGCCUUUACUCGGACGACUAGGAACAAAUCUUCGAAUAGGUAUUCUGGGCUUACCAAAUGUUGGUAAGAGUACCUUUUUCAAUGUGCUGACGAAAUCGCAAGCGCAGGCCGAGAAUUUUCCGUUCUGUACAAUUGAUCCCAAUGAAAGCAGAGUUCCUGUUAGUGACACGCGAUUCGACUGGUUAGUAAAUCAUUAUCAACCCGUAAGCAAGGUUCCGGCGUAUCUUAACGUUACGGAUAUUGCUGGCUUAGUGAAAGGAGCUGCCGAAGGGCAGGGUCUGGGAAAUGCUUUCCUUUCACAUGUUUCUGCUUGUGAAGCGUUGUUCCACCUUUUGAGGGCUUUCGAAGAUGACGACGUUACUCACGUUGAAGGCGACGUUGAUCCCUGUCGUGACCUGGAAAUAAUUUCUAAUGAACUGUUUGCAAAGGAUCUUCAGGCGUUGAGUGGCUCAUUGGAAAAAGUUGAAAAGUUGGUCACAAGAGCUGGUGACAAAUCAUUAAAGGUUGACCAUGAAACCUUACUAAAGGUGAAAAAAGACUUGGAAGAAAAGAAGCCUAUUCGUCUUGACUCGUGGAGUGAAAAAGAAAUCGAGGUUCUUAACAAAUAUCUCUUUCUAACUGCAAAACCAAUUGUCUAUCUUGUCAAUUUAUCGGAAAAGGACUAUAUACGUAAGAAGAACAAGUGGUUACCCAAAAUCAAAGAAUGGAUUGAUAACAAUGACCCAGGAGCGACGCUGAUUCCUUUCUCAGGUGCAUUUGAGAAUAAACUUCUCGAUAUGCCCGACGAUGAACGAGAGAAAUACUUCAAGGAGAAUCAAACUAGUUCGAAUUUGGAUAAGAUCGUUCAUAGCGGUUAUAAAGCCUUGCAGCUGGAAUAUUUCUUUACUUGCGGUAAGGAUGAAGUGAAGGCGUGGACUAUCCAGGUAAGAGGAACUCUUGCUCCGAAAGCUGCUGGUCGAAUCCAUACGGAUUUCGAAAAAGGAUUCAUUAUGGCGGAAGUUAUGAAGGUGGCAGAUUUGAUGGAGCUUGGUGAUGAGAAUAAGGUGAAAGCGGCUGGUAAGUAUCGACAGCAAGGAAAGACGUAUGUGGUUGAGGACGGUGACGUCAUUCUCUUCAAAUUCAACGCUGGCGCUGGAUUGACGGCGACGAAAAAGAAAUAG